CUGUGCAGUGCGCCGCCCCCGCCCCGAGUGGCUUCGGGAAACCGAGCGUACAGUGAAAUUUGCCGGGGCCCUGGCGACAGGGACGGAGCCUGGAGGUCGGGAGCCCCGAGAGCAGCACCCGGGCGAGCGGCCCUCGCCGCGCCCAGCUCGCUGCACCCCGCGCCCCGGCGCCCGCCCUGCGGUCGCCCGCCCUUCCGCCUGUUUGUCGCGGCCGGUGCUGGGCCGGGCAGGCUGCAGAGGCCGAGGGCCACCGGGCCCCGAGCGCGCGCGCAGCGAAGGCACCACGUGUCCGGCCCGGACUGGCGCGGGCGGAGCGGGCCGAGCCCGGCUCCCCGAGCCCGGGCGCGCAGCAGCGGCGGCGCCGGGCCCCGUACGCAUCCGACCCCGGGCCAGCUGGGCCCCGGCUUCCCGGGCGCGCGCGGAUGCCUCCUCCAGGUCGGCGCGAUGGGUCCCCUCUGGGAGAGAAAGGGUGCCUCCUCCCGGACGGCGGCAGCGGCGGCGCGAGGAGCAGGAGGGCAGCGGCGCGAUGGGACCUCUUCGAGAGACCAAGAAGGAGCAGAGAGUAAAGCAUCAUGAGAAGGAGAUUUCCCGAAGCCGAAUUCCCCGUUUGAUUCUUCGGCCCCAUUUGCCCCAGCAAAAGCACAAAGUGUCCCCAGCCUCUGAGUCGCCUUUCUCUGAGGAAGAGAGCAGAGAGUUCAACCCCAGCAGCUCUGGGCGCUCUGCGAGGACCAUUAGCAGCAACAGCUUCUGCUCAGAUGACACAGGCUGUCCUAGUAGCCAGUCAGUGUCGCCAGUGAAGACACCCUCAGAUACUGGAAACAGCCCUGUUGGCUUUUGCCCUGGAAGUGAUGAAGGCUUUACCAGAAAGAAAUGCACAAUUGGAAUGGUUGGUGAAGGAGGCAUCCAGUCAGCUCGAUAUAAGAAGGAACAAAAGUCAGGCCUUGUGAAACCAGGUAGUGAAGCUGAUUUUAGCUCCUCAAGCAGCACGGGCAGCAUUUCCGCUCCUGAGGUCCAUAUGUCCGCGGCGGGAAGCAAGCGGUCCUCUUUCUCACGCAAUCGAGGUCCCCAUGGGCGGAGUAACGGAGCUUCAUCGUGCAAGGCCGGCCACAGCCCACCCUCCCCACGGGAGAAGGACCUUCUGUCCAUGUUGUGCAGGAAUCAGCUGAGCCCCGUUAGCAUCCAUCCCACUUAUGCACCUUCUUCCCCAAGUAGCAGCAACUCUGGCUCCUACAAAGGCAGUGACUGCAGCCCGGUAAUGAGGCGGUCUGGAAGGUACACGUCCUGUGGUGAAAACCACGGUGUCAAACCCCCAAAUCCCGAGCAGUAUUUGACCCCUCUGCAGCAGAAGGAGGUCACGGUGAGGCACCUGAAGACCAGGCUGAAGGAGUCCGAGCGCCGACUUCAGGAGAGGGAAGGUGAGAUUGUAGAGCUCAAGUCUCAGCUGGCCCGCAUGCGAGAAGACUGGAUUGAAGAGGAGUGCCACCGGGUGGAGGCCCAGCUGGCCCUCAAGGAAGCCAGGAAAGAGAUUAAACAGCUCAAACAGGUCAUUGAAACUAUGAGGAGCAAUCUGGCUGAUAAGGAUAAAGGCAUCCAAAAGUAUUUUGUGGACAUAAACAUUCAAAACAAGAAGUUGGAGUCUCUGCUUCAGAGCAUGGAGAGAGCACACAAUGGUUCUCUGAGGGAUGAACUGUGUCUAGACUUUCCAUUCGAUUCCCCAGAAAAAAGCUUCACGCCAAACACCCCUUUUGGCAAGAUGGCCGAUGGGCUUUCUCUGGAAGAGACGGUCACAGAAGAAGGGGCUGACGGCAAGCUGCUGGUGGGAGACAGCCUGGUCGAUGGCACAGAUUUGUUUGAUGAGAUGGUGGCGGCCAUCACUGCAGAGGCUGGGAACCUGGAGCUUGUUGCUGCCACCCCUGGGGCAGAGGCCCUUGAGGUCCUCCCCAGGGGCGUGGGUCCUGAGGAGGCCAAGGCGAUGGUGGAGCAAGCCGUGCAGACCGACGUGGUGCCCUACAGCCCUGCUGUGUCAGAGCUCAUUCAGCAUGUGCUCAAGCUCCAGGACCCCUCUCCCUCUCCCCCCACAUCCCCUGAUGAGUCCGGGCCUGACUCGAUGGAAAGCUUCCUCAAGUCCAUCUCUGCAUUAGUGGUUGAUUUAACUCCAAGAAAUCCAAAUUCAGCCAUCCUCUUGUCUCCCGUGGAGACCCCAUACACCACGGUGGAUACGGGGGCUCGUGAAAACCGCCUCAUGAGAGAGCUGGAUUUUGCAGGCCCCACAGAAGAAAGGUUGAACGGCAUCAUCCCGCUGUCCUCGGGGGCCGUUGGGAGGCAGUACUGGAGCAGCAGCUUCCUGGUGGAUCUCCUGGCCGUGGCUGCUCCUGUAGUCCCCACGGUUCUGUGGGCAUUCAGUACUCAGAGAGGGGGGACAGAUCCCAUCUACAACAUCGGAGCCUUGCUCCGGGGCUGCUGUGUGGUUGCCCUGCAUUCACUCCGCCGCACCACCUUUCACAUCAAAACCUAAAUAGCAGUUGUUGUUUCUGUGUGCCAGUUUGUCCUGUGUGGUGUGCCAGGUGGAGAAACAGCAGGUCAACUUGAGGCAGUCCCUGUUCUGUCGUUUUGCUCCUCGGUAUUUGAUUUGCACUAUAUUUAGUUGACGCCUGUUCACUGUUUAAAACGAGAGGUCUCUUCAAAGGCAUGGAGACCUGGUUCAAGUAAAUGUCCCACCAGUGUGGUAUAGAAAGCAUGCUCAUGAUCCUGCCGUGUCGUCUGAGGUGCCCUUUCUUAUCCUAUUGGUUCAGGAAAAGAAAAUGCAAAGUUUGCACUUUGAAGACAGCUUCUGUAAGGCUGGCAUGUUAUCUCCUCGCGUUGCUUCGUGCUGUUUUAAAAUGUGUAAUCGUUACAGCAUUCCAAUGGUCUUGUGCAUAGCAGGGGACUGUAACCAAAAAUAAAAAUGUAUUUGUGUAAUUGGUCUGAAGAAAUCUUGAAUAGCUCUUUAGUGUCUUACUCGGGGUUGAUAAGGUUUGAGUGUUUGCAAUUUUUUACUAAAUGUAGCUCCAAGGUCUUAAAAUGGCUUGUUUGUUCUUAAACCUCUUAAUUGAUGAACCUGUAUGUAAGUUUACAAUGUAUUAACUUAUUUUUUGCUCAUUAUGUAUAGUGUUUUAUUGGAAAUUGUAACCAUACACUUCAGCAUGAUGAAAAUAAAGAUUAGUGUUUCCAUUUAAAUAAAUGUUCUAUCCAAUAAA